CCAUGAGAAAUUCUAUUGUUGACAUCGCGUGGAGUAGCUACAAUGCCCCAAGUGAGCUGCACGUAGAAGGCACCUACGAGAAGCACGCAGCUCCUUUGCGUAAGGCCCAUUUCAAAUGUUAUGAGUGACGAAUAUGUCGGACAACGAAUGAGGCAAGUCAGUGUCCAGGGAAGCAAUAGGAAGAGGACGGAGCGUCUCUGCACCUGGUAACCUGCCGUCGGGUCCUCGAGGGAAGUCUACAAGGUUCCUGUGGACAUGGACGAGUCGUCGACUCGGCUGUGUGUGGGAAGGAGACCGCGUCAAACUCGGUUAUAUGAAAUACGUUCAGCUGUCGUUCUACCUUGCCCUCUCUUGCUCAAUCACGCGGCGAAGGGCGUUCAUUCGUUGGGUGGGUUCGAUGUCGAGAUUUACGCAGCAACUUUGAACGCUUCAUGGGCCUUCUUGAUCGAGUCAAUGUCGACGCGCGUGCCGCGUUCUCCGUUGGCCCACUUCCACGCGGCAAAGUCGACAUCACUGCGAGACGCGAUUUUGCUCUUCAAAGGUUCCUUGGUGGCGGCACGCACGACCAUGGCGGCCUUGUUCACGUAUUGAAGGUAGGACAGGCCCGCCGAGCGCCACAACGAAGUUCCUCCAGGUGCCAUGAUGUCACAGAG